AUUAAUUACCUAGAAAAUUGUUUUGCAUAAAUAAUGAGCGAGAACAAUCCCGAUUUUGAUUUAAAUGAGAAAAUACAUCAAGAAAAGCAGCUUAUUGCUGAACAAAAAUGGAUACUCGACGCAUUAAAGAAAAUUAAAAAUCAGCGCAAUGCUCUCCAGAUUGAGAGGAUGCAGCUGGAAAACAUGAAAAGGGAGUUCAUUAAAGAAAAUAGUCUCAACCAAAAGGGUCAACCACUGAAGAAGGCUUCAGACAUACCCACUGGAGUCACUGGAGUCCCGCCUUCAGAUCAAAAGCUGGUUUCCGAGAUGGCCUCAUUGGCCACCCCAGGGCCGUCUACUGCGGCUCCUGGUCCAAAAUCUGGUCCAUCCACCGCUGGUUCAGCCAUAGACCAGUUUCUCGAGCUUGAGGCUACGUGCAACAACGAAGUCCUCAACUUGAAAGUGGCUAAGCCAUUGCUCAGCUUCUCAAAGCGCAAGUUCUCUGAAUCUGAAGAAGAGGAGGAUGAAGACGAUGAAAUUAAUGUUAUAGAUAUGAACAUGCUUAUUAAUAUGAACUGCUCUCGUAAGGAGUAAAUCUAUACGUAUUAUAUUAUCUGUGUCUACACUGUACCUAAAUAAGAUACAUAGCUGGGCACAAGACCGUUAGUAGGUAA